CGUGUUUAAAGCAUUGUUUUUGUGACAUUUUUGCUAUUUCUUUUCUCGAAAUUAAGUUAAUAUUACUUUUAAAAAAUAUUGUGUUAUUUACGUACCUGAAUAGGUUAUUGUUUUGUUGUGUUAAAAAUAAACAAACAUGGUGUUCGAACUUCCAAGGUACAAUAAAUGUUGUUAUUGCAUACCGCUGAAAAUCGGCGUGUUGCUCAUUGGAUAUUUUUCUAUUUUUAUGUCCUGCAUGACCUUAGCUACAGUUUCAUGGUCAAUCUUUAGAGUUACAAAAUUCGUAGAGAAUAAUGAAAAUAGACCAAAUCCUGAACAUCCACCAACUGAAGUCAAGAAAGUGGCUUUGGGCCUGUAUCUGUCGUUUGCGUACUAUUUGUUAGUGUUCCUGAUCAAUCUUGCUAUUAAUAUCGUGUUAAUUAUUGGAGCACAUAGGGAAAAGCCGAAUUACCUGAGGUUCUACUUCCGAGCGACGUUACUGAUGUUCUGCCUGAGUUUAGUAUUGGUUAUUGUGACAUUUGUAUUUAUGGGAUUUGUAGCCACACUGCCCAUACUCAAGUGGUCUUUAACUCUACUCGUGGUCAUGAUCAUAGUAAGAAGUUAUUAUCUGGUCCUGGAAGACAGACAGAAGCAGCCAGUCUAUGAACUGCAGCCUUACGUUCCUGUACAACAAGCACCUCUGGUGGUUUAAUGAUAGACUUCUCAUUUUUGUAUUUUAUAAUAGUUUAGUAAUUUUAUUACCUAAUUAUAAUAAUAAUGCCUGCC